AUGGGAUGCUCUUCGGAGGAUCGGUUUGGACUCAAUGGGCCGAAGGGCCUGCUGUAAAGAUCCUGUUUGUAUACAAAGCUGAGGUUCUGAUCACCAUCCCAUGAGGUGCGGGAGCUGCCGCCUUCUGCAGGAGAACAGUGAUUCAGCGACUGUCGGGUUUUUUUUUGGUGGGUGGGGUGGGGGGGAGAGAAGGAGGCCCCUUAUAAGGCGCUAGACAACUGCAACUCUUCAUUUGUCUCGGCCCUUUGAUUCAAAGCGGAAUUCCCGCGAUUGCUCGCGCUGCCAGAGCCAGCCACGCAGGCGCAGUCUGCCUGAAAUCACAGGACCCUGGAUACAUUGUAACUGAAAGUGACUGUUUCCAGAUGGAUACAUUGUAGCCAAAUUCCAGGCAAAGUAUCCGGCCUCUGGGAUACAUUGUAACUGAAUGGGAAGGGAGUGUAACACCCUCUGAAAACAUUCUGGGGGUGGGAAGAGAGGACUAAGAGAGUUGCUGGUCACUGUUGUCAGUGUGUUUCUGGUUACUGUGGACGCAGGAGGCGGGCUGUUUCAAAGUGACAACAAAAGAAUGAUUUGUGACACGACCAGCCAGCGAGUGGCUGGAUUUCUCGGCCUCGCUUUUGCAGCGUGCCUGGGGUAAGUGGCAGGCGAUUGGGGCACUCUAUCCCCGGCUGGUCCCUCCCAGUUGUGCUGCAUGUGAUUUGUGAUGUGAUCCCCGGCCUGGCUCCCGGGCACUGUGUGUAACUGACAAAUGGUUGAUUUCACCGCCAGCCGGAGGGACCGGCGCCGCAGGGUGGGGUUAAGCGGGAGCUGGCAGAGCUACGGGCUGUUGCAGUCCCCACCCCUCACCCUGUCUGACCUGGACAGUGGUUCACAAGCACUGCGUAGGACCCGAAGAUCUCAGCUCCGAUUUCAGGAUUCUCUGCCAGAGGACCUGAAAUGCUUCGAUCCGACCAGUCCCUGCUGCACGGUGAACAGUCCGGGAGCUGUUAAUGCGACACGAAACAACUUGCUGCGGUUAGCUUGGAGGCGCUGCUAUGAUCUGUCUGACAGUGGCAGCUCUCCUCUCACCAAUGGUGAAGAGGACCUUGGGGCCUACGACCAAUUGAUAGCCCGGAGGACGCACUCUUUAUCUCACCUUCCAGAUGCCUGCCAAGCAGAGGCACCACCCUGUUCAUCCCCCUCAGGGCUGGCAUGGGGCCAGUCUGACGUGAACCUCGCGGCCCGCCUGUUGGACAGCGGGAAGAAGCGGGCACAGCUGGUGGACCACUUGAAGGAAGCACACCAGCGUUUGGAGGGGCAAUCCGAGCAGCUGAGGAAACGCGAUAGUCAACUGUUGGAAAGCAAAGCCAAGAUCGAGCUGCUCUCUGCCAAACAGAAACAAUUGGAAAAUUCAAUUUCUCAACUGGAAAGGGAGAAGAAUAUGUUGGAAAUGUCACGACUUGAAGAUCAAAAGAGAGGUGGAGUGCUGCAGGAUAAGGUUUUGCAUCUGGAGGCAGAAGUGGCAAAAACAAAAUCGUCCCUGGAUCUUCUCAGCAGCAGCCACGGCUCUUCAUCUCCCCAUGUCCCACUGUUCUCGACCAAACUGGAGGAGGGAGCUCUGAAACAGGACGGCUUGUUACGGGAGCUGCAGUCUGUGCGGGAGAUUCUCCAGGUAUACCAAGACCGGGUGAGGAGCCUGGAGGAAGAGUGCGAUAAAGCCAGGGAAGACUUGAGAAGCUUUCGGGAGGCUCAACACUCGGCACUCAUGACGACCAAUCAGGCCAACCAGCGACUGACUGAUUCCUUGCGAGCACAGACAGAUCUGCAUGAUGAGGUGAAUCAGCUGCGCCUCAAGUACAGUGAAGCCAGUUUGGAGAGGGACGUGCUCUCUUCAAAAUCUGUAAGACUGGAAGAGACCGUGGCCAACCUGAGAACGCAACUAGCAGCUGCAACAGCAGACAAAGAUCGAUUCCUGCAGGAGAAGCUGGAAUUACACAAGCAGGUCCGACACUUGACUCUGGAGCUACAGCGUGCUCUGAGAGGGAAGGAGGGCUUCGAUGAGCAAGUUGCUGACCUGCACACAGAGUUGGUGAGCACCAAAACUCAGGCCAACAGACAAGAUCAGGAAAAGGUCUUGCUGCAAGAAAAGCUAGCCACCAUCAAACAGGUGAACGACAGGCUGACCUCAGAGCUGGGCCAGUCUCAGCAGAGGCUGGAGCUGUGCCAGGACCAGCUCCACCACCUCCAGGCCGAGAAGACCAUCUUCAGCAACCAGAUUGAGGCCCUGCAGACGGAGCGCAGCCACCUGGUCAGCGAAAGGGAGAUGUUGCUGACCGCCGUCCAGGUGGAUGACCAGACCCAGGUGGACGAGCUCUGGACCUUACGGCAAAACUGCAAGGAGCUCCGGGCCUCGGAAGCUGAACUGAAGGAAGACAGGGGGCGCCUGGAGGUUGAGUUGCAGCAGAAGGCUGAAGAGCUGACUGCUGUGACUCUGGAGCAGCAUCAGAUCGCUCAAUACUGGAAGGCAAAAUGGCAAGAAGCCUCGACAGCUCUGAACGCCAAGGAGAAAGAGCUCCGAUUGGUCAUUGGGAAGAAUUCGCAAAAGAAUGAGAAGGCCGAUUCACCGGGAGAUUGUGAGAGCUUUGCAGCUGAUCUGGAGGAGUUGUUUGAGCUGAGGGCCACUUUAACCAGGAUGACAGCAGAAAAGGUGCAGCUUAAAAAGCAGCAAGAGGAGAGUGAGCGGAUCAUUCAUCUCCUCCAGCUCCAGCGAGAUAUCGCCAGUGACUCUGCACUGCAAGGUUCUCUGAAGGUUUCCAGUAACCUGGAGAGCCUCCACUCUGAACUCCAGAAGAGCCAUGACAGGAUAUGUGAACUUGAAAAAGAAAAGACUGAGGUGGAAACGGAAUUGAAGAAAUUCAAGUCAGAGAGUCCCCCUCUAGCCCGGGUGGAACUUGAUGCUUGCAAGCAGGAGUUAGAGCUUGAGAAAAGCCGGAGGCAAAAACUGCAGCAUCAAGUUUACGAGUUAAAACGGACCGCUGAGCUCCUGGAGCAGAACCAGCCGAGCCAAGCUACAGGAAUGCAAAUGUUUUAUCGGAACCAAAUUGCCCUGACUGAAGGAAAUUCUGCUGACCUGGAUCCAGACUGCAAUUGCGAUAAGCAUUGCAAUGACGAUGAUGACAGGAUGCUAUUUGAAGAUCAGCUGUCCUCAGGGUCAGAUGAGAAUGGGGAGCUGGUCAAUCAUCAUUCCAAACAAAAGAUCACAAACAGUCCCUCCUCGCUUUUGCCACAGGAGCUGCAGUCUCGAGUAUCGUCACUUCAGCAAGAGCUUAAAGAUGCCAAGGUCAUUCAGCGACAGCAGCAUACCAUCAUCCAGGGACUGAGACAGGAACUUGAAGAAGUCAAAUUGAGCAAGCCAGGAGAAAUUAAGGCAUCGCUGGAGGAAGUGGAUAGUGAGCUCUUUCUGGUGCGAGAGGAGUUACAGAAGGUUUGGGACAUGCUGCAGACUCGGAAUAGUGAGCUGGAGGAGCAAAACCAGGAACUGGAGUCUGCCAGAGGCCAGGUUGAUUCUUGGUUGGUGAAGAGGCCAUUGAUGACAGCCAGGAAUGGCCCCCAGUGCACAUACUCUGAAUGUAGCUUGGAGAAUCAAAGGUUGGAACUCCUGGUCACUUCAUUAAAGCAAGAAAUUGCAGAAAAGGAACAAGCAUUAAGACAAAUUGAAAGGCUCCGAAAGACAGAGAAGACUGAACUUGAAAUUAAGAUUUCGUCACUGGAACUGAAGAUGGCCGAAAUGGAAGUUUUGGGAAAACCUCACCAGCAAAGGAGCAUGCGUGAAGAAUCCGAAAAGCACCAGAGUUCUCCCAUUCGGAAAUGUGCUCGUUGUGACUCCUUUCUGGAAGAAAUAAGCUCCAAAUUGCAAGAUUACAAUGCCAGAAGCAGCGAGCUCCAGGAACAGCGGGACACGGCCCUGAAUUCACUGAAUGAGGUGCAGGCCCUCACCCAGGGACUGCAGGAGACGUUGAAGCUUGAACACCAGUUGUCUCAAACUCUUCAGAGGGAGAACCAUAGCUUCAGCAGACGCAGCCAAGAAAUGACUGAACAGUUGGCCACUCUGGUAAAAGAGCAAGAAGAUUUGACAAAAGCUUACAGUAAGCUCCCAGAGAGCAGGAAAGGGAAUGCCUCUGUUGAUUACUGGGUGCCCCGAUCACACCUUGUGCAGAACGUGGUUGAAAUGGUGAAGUCCCAGGAGGAUCAGAAACUGCACUUGGAGGAAGAGAAUCGGAAGCUGAAGGAAGACCCUGGUUUUCAAAGCUUCCAGAAGCUGGAAAAGGAGAUUCAGAGCUUGCAGCAACACCUGGAUGUGAAAACGGAAAAGAUGGCUGCCAUGGCUUGUGAAAUGGAGGCGCUAAGACACAAGAAUGAAUGUCUCAUGACAGCAAACAUGAAAGAUUGGCAACAGGUCCAGGGCUUGAGGGAGCAAAGUCAUGACUCAUUGAUCACCACCAUCCUGGGGGCAGUUCCGAGGCCAUCCGAUGGGCAGCACUGCAACCCUUGGGCGAUGCACUUGUUUCAGGACCUCCAACCCGGUAACCAAGGAAUGAGGGAGCCAUCUCCCUGUCGGAUGGGGGGCUCUAUCUCACCCACAGCGACCCCUAGUGACAAGGGUGAGCAACGGCACGUGGGUUGCACCUCACCCGGUGCUCCCUGCGCUGAGACCUGGCUCAGCGGUAUGUCGACAAGGUUCAACAAGCAUUCAAGACGGGCUGGCUCGCCAGACUGGUCAUCUCCUGCUAUGACCCAGAGCAGGACUCCAUCUCCUCCCAGACCCAACUGUCCAGAUGCACCGCCGAAUACUAGCAAGUCACCGCGUGAUUUCUCCUCAGAAGCUCAGAGUGAGGACGAGAAGUCGCAGGGAACAGUGAUGACUCCUGCAAUGAAGUGUUCGCUUCUGCUAUCCCCUCGGCCUUUUAGAUUGCACAGGUCGAACAGGAAUAAAAAAUGACAUCCUUUGGUGAAGAACCAAAUUAUUUUUAAAUAGACAAACCUUUGCAUCCUUUUAAGAACCAAAAAUGAUCGAAACUCAAUACUCUUAAAGGGGGCACUGCCUUCGUGUAAUAUUAUGUGGCGUUAAUGUGCUGGAAUAUUUUGUUUUGGAAAGGAUUGCUCAUGUUUAAGGACACAAUUAUGAAUGGUUCCACACAUCAGUGUGCUGCAAGUUGGUUGGUUUAUGAGUGAGACAGGCUUGGGAAAUGUUCCUCCAUCUCGGUUGCUCGACCUUUGAUAAAUUGCAUGUUCGCAGAAUCUCAGACCAUUCAGUCCUGCACCGACUCUCUGAGCAUUUUGACUUUGUGCCAAAUUCCUUCCCGUUUCCCAUCUCCCUGUUUCCGCUGAAAUAAUCAUCCAAUGCCUCCUCUUGAAUUCCUCGGCUGAUCCUGUCUCCACCUCACUUCCGGGCAGCGCUUUUCAAACUGGGACCACUCACCGUGUGGAAAAGGUCUUUUCUCUUUAUCUCAAAAUGGCUUAUUUUGCAAAAUUUGGCAAUGCAGAGGGCGGUGCCAAUGGGUGGAAUAAUGGUUUUACAAUGUUAAAUGCAUGGUUGCUCAAUUCCUUAUUAAUUGAUGAAUCUUUGUCACUUCUGAAUAGUCAUUCUCAAUGUAAAAACUGGUUAUGGAUAGAUGAGUUGAGACCAAACAUGGGCAGUCCAAUAUGAAUAAAACUGAUAUGUUUAAUAUUCCUACCCUCCCCAUCAUCUGAAAAGGGUAUAAUUAUUUCCCCACAUUUUGAGUAACUCUAUGCAAAGAUAUAAGGGGCAUAGCUGUUUUCUGAAGGUAUAUCGGUACCAUUUUGUAGUUACCCUGUUCAGAUGGACAUGAAAACCCCAAAGCACUUUUCCCAUCUGUCCACCAAAUGUUCAGUAUAGUUUUCCCCAUCCUUUCCAUUAAUUGGUUCCUUUGCCUUUUAACUCACCUGGACCUUAUAUAGGACUGAGUGACAAAAGCAGGCCAUUCGGCCCAUCAAGCCUGCUCCACCAUUCUAACUCAACCUUGAAUAAAUUUAAAGACGCACCCACGACGGACUUCUUGUGAACAGAAGGUGCUUUCAUUGCAUGUUUAUGAUGGGGCAAGGUGGAUACCUUGCGAAAUGAUGUCCUGAGGACAUGAAAGGCACUAUAGAAAUGCAAGUUCGCCCUUCCUUCCCAAUAAAAGCUUGUGCGAGAUUUCAUUUUAGGGAGCACAGCCUGAUUCUUGGUGCUUGCUCCUGAUCAUGUCCACUUCCCCAUGAUGCAUUGCAAGGAGCAGGAAUGCGCUUCCUGAUGAGAACAGAUCUCCAAAGUACAAGAAAUGGAAGUUGAUGACUGAAUUAAUGCCAGACAAUCCCUCAGUUACAAUUAUAGAUUUACAUAGGGUUUCCAUUGACCAGAAACUCACCUGGACUCACCAUAUACAGUAAACGCAGUGGCGACAAGAGCAGGUCAGAGGCUAGAAAUACUGGUUGAGAGUGUGGUGCUGGAAAAGCACAGCCAGUCAGGCAGCA